CAAUGAGCUGCAGCUGCAGUAGCGUGCAUUGGCUUCCUUAUCUGAGUUAAAGUGUCCAAAAGAAGAAGGGAACCUUCUUUUUCAAGGUCUAGGCAUGACUUUACAUCUUCAAACCUCAGCCCAACUUUUCGACCUGCACUGCUCUGUAGGUUUGACAGACUGGGACAUGGAUAAGGAGCUGAAACUGGUUACUACUACUGACCAGUUUUGUCAUGAUGAUAAACUUUGUGAUCCAGAUGUGGCACAGAGCCCUUUGGCAAGCGCCUGGAAAAGAAAAGAUGAGUUUGUUUGGUAUGACAAAACAUCAGACACCUUUGUGAAGCCCAACCUGUGGCUUCUUGUUAAUCCUAACAUUGCGUGUCCGCUCAUCUAUGAAGAAGCUGCAAUGGAUCAGCAGAUUCUGCAAGAACAUGCAGAGGAAGUCCAUAAGCCAGUGAAUCAGUGUUCACAAGCCACAAACCGCCACAGGUUUUCUCCCCAGGGGGAAAAAAUGCGUGUUCUCCCCUCAUCCACCGACAACAUGGAUGACUGCACCUCUUGCGACACUACACACUGCAGACGUGAUAGGAGGCAUACAGAAGUAUGGAACAAAGAAAUCUUGAUGCCUGGAUGUUGGCCUCGUCCUCCUGUUAAUUAUUGCAUCCUCAUUGCUCUAGCACUUAAAAGCAGUCACAAUGGGAGCCUCAGAGUGCAGCAGAUUUACAGCUUCACCAGAGAACACUUCCCUUUCUUUCAGACUGCUCCUGAUGGCUGGAAGAACACAAUACGACAUAACCUGUGCUUCAACACUAGCUUCCGUAAGACGUGCAACCAAAUGCGCAGAGAUGGAAAAAGGAAGUCCUGUUUUUGGCACCUGACUCAAGAUGGCCGACGCCGACUGAAGGCUGAGAUCUGCAUGUUGUCUGAAGAAUCUUUAAAGCAGUUGGAGAGGAGCAUGUCCUUUCCAGAUAUUAUUGCAAAACUACUUCGAAUGUGACUGCAUUUAUCAAAGCCCAGUGAUCCUGUGCCACCACCGCCAAGUCUUGUUUUGCCGAGUAGUUAUCGGACAUUUUCAUGUUUUUGGACCAUGCUUUUUGCCUCUUGUUUUUGGGGCCUUGCCUUUGUUGGGAUUGUGCACCUCUGUAUGACCUCUGGCUGGAAUAAAAACACCGAAAUCACA